UAAACGUAAUUCUUAAUAUUAGCGUAGUAACUUCUUAUAGAAAUUUACAUCUAUUUGGGGUCUCUGUUAGUAGGACGUACCAUUUUAGUCACAAAAUUGACGUUCUAUUGACGUCUAUUUGGGGUUACUAUCAAGACGUAUGUAACCGACAAAAUAACGCGUUUCGUUUCUUGAUAUCAAUUUGUCAAUCUUGUAUUGUAAAAUAUUUAUAAAGUAAAAAAAAACAUUUCCGUUUGUUUCGGUAACUCUAAAGUUGUUAUACAGUAUUUUUUUUUAUAGAUUUUAUAAUUAAUAACACCAAAACAAGCUUAAAAAUGUUAUUUUUAGAAACAUCAGAAGUUGGAACGGAACGAAAUUCUGACAUUUUGAUUGAAGUGUCAUGUGUCAUGUAUCGUUUCCCUCCUUUUCCGUUUGCCCGGUCUGUUGUGUUGUAUCGCGUCCGUGGGUGCUGUGCAAUUCGAGACUUUUAAAGGUAUAUUUUAGUUUUAUCACACGAUAAACACAUACUCAGUGAUGAGUACAUACUCAGUGAUACAAUUCAGUGAUCAGGAUGGCGGAUCAAUAUCCAUUGUAAAGAAUCAGUGGAUUACGCCAAGGCGUCGGGAGGUAUUUUGGCCACCCGUCAAGGGAUCUAAAGCUUUUGAAAAGGUGUUGGCGGAUACCAAAACACCGGAUGAGAAAUGGAAACGAUACGCCAUCCAAAGAGUUUUUUGUGAGACUGACGAUAUAGAUAAAGCCAAAAGAAAACUGAAACUGGUCGAGGAGACAUCAGACUUACAGACUGAAGCAGAAGAAGAACCAAAUUUUAAGCGGAAAAGAAAUAACAGAUAUAUUUCCACAAGCGAUGAAGAUGACGGUCACAUAAGGCCACCACCAAUUAAGAAAAAAUUCUUCAACAAAACUGCUGCUGCUGCUUACUAUAGAGAUACCCGUCAAGCUCAGCCAAACAUUACCCAAGAUUCCCCUUCAACACCAGAAAAUACCCGUCAGGCUCAGCCAAACAUUACCCGAGAUUCCCGGGAAGCCCCUUUAACACCAGAAAAAACCCUCUCAUUGCUGAAUGUAGUUGACGGGCUUCCUGUCUUGACAAACAGUGUCCUGCAAGAUUUAACAGAAGACGGCGAGGGGCGGCUAACUCCGGUUUCACGCAUACGUAGUCCUUGGUCGCGAAAUCAACAACUACCGAAUCUCGGCAGCGACGUGCCAGCAACGCCAUCGUGUGGUCAAGGAUUAAAAGGUUUGCAAGAUACAGUGGUGUCACUACUGGCCCACAUAAAGGCCCAGAAUGAUAUAAUCAUCUCGAUUUUGCGAGAAAAACAUACAAGAUUGGAUUUAAAACCAGAGUUCAAAUUUCCCAUCAAAACUUCGGAGGAGUUGGAAAUUGUGGAAAAAUUAUUAACGUCACAAGAAAACCAUGCUAACGUGGUAGCCUACUUCAAGAGCCUUGGUGGACAGGGCGUUAAUAAUAAAGUAUCUAGAGUUAUGAAAGUUGCAAUGUCUGACUCUAUGGCAAGCAAGUACAACUUUUACGGUAAAAGAUCAGACAAGAAGCCAUUUGCAGAACUACGUCUCCGGGCGUGUGUUGUUGAGAGCUUAAAAAGUGCCACAACAACAGAAAAAGAUAUUGAAGACGGUAUAAAAGUUUGGCUCAAGCACGCACCGGAGAGAACAAAAAAAGCGCUUGAUAACAGUGUACAUCAGAAUGGCAUACAAUAAAAAUAAAAAAGUUUUGGUAGGUGACCGUCAAAUGUUUCGAAGAG